AUUUCUCAGCAUGCAGUGACGUCACGACUCGGACUGUGAAGUUAACCUUUAUUUAGAUCGGGCGAGGCGUUAACAUAUAGCUUAGCCUUUCGAUUGUAAAAACAAUUUCUGCAAACAAUUAGAAAUCGUAAUUGAUUAAUUUCUGAAAAAUGGUUUCAAGAGCGACGUCGAGGAGGAUCCCAGAAGCGGAGCCGCGUAUAGAUUACGUGCAAUGCGAUGGACUGGUGGUGAUGAAGAUGGUGAAACAUUGCCAUGAGGAGUCUGCCAGCAACAUGGAAGUUGCUCAGGGCGCUCUGUUGGGCUUGGUAGUGCAGAACCGCUUGGAAAUCACGAAUUGUUUCCCGUUUCCCAAAAAUGACGAAAUUAUGGACGAGGAGGAGUACCAGCUUGCCAUGAUGCGAAGGUUGAGAUGGGUGAACGUUGAUCACUUCCAUGUUGGUUGGUACCAAAGUGCAGAUGUUGGAAAUUUCCUGAAUUUAUCUUUACUAGAAUCGCAAUAUCACUAUCAAACUUCUAUUGAAGAAUCAGUGGUGCUUAUAUAUGACACAGCAAAAUCUGCCAGAGGUUUCUUGACUCUCAAAGCAUACCGACUUACUCCACAAGCCAUACAAAUGUAUAAGGAGAAUGAAUUUACUCCUGAAGCUCUACGUACCUUGAAGAUUGGAUAUGAGAGUCUUUUUGUUGAGAUUCCAGUAGUUAUUAAAAACAGCAAUCUGACAAAUAUCAUGAUGUCAGAAUUGGAUGAAAUGAUUCCUGAAGAACAGGGUACCAAAUAUUUGGAUCUUGGAACAGCUAGUGUGUUAGAGAAUCAAUUGAGAUGUUUGAUGGAUCGUGUGGAUGAAUUGAAUCAGGAAGCUAUGAAAUUCAAUAGAUAUCAACAGUUGGUACUUCGGCAACAACAAGAUAAGAACAGGCUUUUGGCCAAGAGAGCUCAAGAAAAUGCUGUCAGAGCUGCAAAAGAUGAACCAUUACUACCAGAGGAUGAUAUUAAUAAACAAAUGAGACCUCUGCCAGUUCCACCAAGAUUAAAUCCAAUGAUUGUUGCUGGACAAAUCAAUACUUACAGUGAGCAUAUCUCACAGUUCUGUGCUCAAAGUUUAGCAAAAUUAUACAUUACUCAGAGUCUUCAAAAUGCAAAGGAGACAAAAUCUUCCCAUUAAGAAACAAAGUAUUUAUAUGCAUAUGUAACAUCUGAAUAACUAAUUAC